AUGGCUGAGAUGCCUGAUGUUGGUGGGAAAUGCAACAUUAGUGAGUGCAACCGAAUAGAUUUUCUUCCGUUUACCUGUCCGCUUUGCAAAUGCUUAUUUUGCUCUGAUCAUCGUUUUGCUCAUGGCUGCGAUGGCUCGAAGCAAUAUGAUCCUAACACGGCCUUACCGUCCACAUCCAAGCCAUUGCGUGAUUUUAUGUGUUCAUUCAGUGGCUGUUCAGCUGCAGAAAGCAUUAAAAUAGUUUGUCCACACUGUGAGCGAAACUAUUGCUUGAAGCACCGCCACGCAGACGAACAUUUAUGUGAUGCUGUGCUCGACAAAGUUCCUAAACCUCGGGCGCAACUUAAAAUCCCGAUCAUUGAACCCUCUUUGAAACCAGAAAAGCCAGCUCUGGAAUCGAAAUCAAAACCUAUUAACCCUGCUGAUCAGAAGAAAAUGGAUAGAAUUCUGAUAAUGAAACUGAAAAUGAAUGCUAAGAUGUACGCUGAUAUACCUGCACAGGAACAAAUCUUUUUGUUCGUUGAAGGGGAUUGUGUGAAUGGACGACAUGCUGUCGCAGUAAGCAAGAGUUGGACUAUUGGUCGCUGCGCAUCUGCUAUCAAGAAACUUCUACUUUUGGACGAAUCCAAGACAGUAAAGAUACUGAAGGAGGAUUGUGCUGUCGAUUAUGCUGAUACGGUUCGAAUACAUUUGAAUGACAUGGAUACGGUCAGAAUAGAACUCAUAUAG